AUGGCUGCUGUAUCAGAUACGAACGUCCCGGAGGCAACGCCUCCUGCUGCUGCGGUGGGUGGCGCAUCCACUGCAGACCUGUACACGCAGGCCAACAUCUACCUUGCGAAACAGACAAAGCCAGUGAUCAUCCCCUCCUUUGCGAAAUGGUUUGACAUCAACGAGAUCCACGAGAUCGAGAAGAAGUCGCUGCCAGACUUCUUCAGCGCCCAGUCGAACAUCAGGUAUAAGAACCCUGCGAUUUACAAGACGGUGAGAAACUUCAUUGUGAACACGUACCGGUUGAACCCCAUCGAGUAUUUGUCGAUCACGGCAAUCCGGAGAAACAUCGCGAUGGACGUAGCGUCAUUAAUGCGGAUCUACGGGUUCUUGGCGAAGUGGGGGUUGAUCAACUACCAGAUUGACCCGAAGACAAAGAGUUUUUCGAUGGGUCCGCAGUUCACGGGCCACUUCCAGAUCACGUUGGACAAGCCCACUGGGUUUGCGCUUCAGUCGGCGGAGUCGGCGAUCACGGUGAAGGAGGACGACGAGGUGGAGCUGAACGAAAACAUGGACUUGGACUCCACAGGGAUCAAGGUUGUGUCUCUCAAUAACAACACGCACGAACCAUCCUUCAAGAGACAGAAGAUCUCUAACAGCGUGACUCCUAACGUGAAGUUGAACUUGCAGUUAAGAAAGAAUGUGUACGACUCUGUCGACGACGUGUUCAUUUUACAGGACAGCAGCAACGGCAACUCGAAACAGGUGAAGAGAAUCUACUGCUCCAUCACAGGUAACGACAUCACCGAAACGAAGUACCACAACUUGAAAAACAAGUCGAACAUUUCCCUAGAGUGUUUCGAAAACAGUCAGUUUGAAGACUACUUCAAGAGCUCGGAUUUUAUCAAGCUUGAAAAGACAAACCUCAACAACGAGUUCAGGCCCUGGACCAACAAUGAGGUCUUGCUGCUUUUGGAAGGUAUUGAGAUGUUUGGUGACGACUGGAAUUUAAUUGCUGGUCACGUCGGCUCGAGAGCAAAAGACCAAUGUAUUAUUAAGUUUAUCCAGCUUCCAAUUGAAGACACUUAUCUUUUCAAACACAUCUCCAAGUCCUCCUACGUUGAGUACUUGAAGAAACUGAAGGACGACAAGACAAUCGAUCUAUCUUCUCUACUCUCCGUUAUCACAAACGGGGCUUCUGGUGACAGUACCACAACAACAACCACAACCACAACGACCUCAUCGACUACAACGGCGAAUUCUGCUAAAAGAAUUAUCGAUAAUGUGCACGGCCAUGCGAGCUCCGAGCUUAAUUCUCAAGACAAUGUUAUAACAUCCAUUCUCAAGCUCUCCUUGCGCAAGUUCGAGCUCAAAUUGCAGGGCUUCAUGAAUCUCGAGUCUAGAAUCAGUGAACAGCAAAAGUUCGUUGAAACGGAAAAGGAGAACCUCGUGUUGGACAAGAUGAAGGUCAAAAGACAAUGUUUGAAGGUUCGGUUGCAGCUUAUGAAAGCUUCCAGCAUUGCCCGUGAGACCAAGGGUAAUCCUUCAAUAACACCGGAAGCAUUAGAAGCUUCGAUCACAGAGGCUCUAAACCUAGUGGAUCGGGCCAUCGGCGAAGCCAACUACGAUCCCAACGCGUCUUCCUCCCUUGCCAUUUUUGGGCAAGACGGUAAAAGUAGACCAGAAGGCAGUCAGGAGGCGUCGGUGCAGAACGUAAAGGAGAACGAAGUCGAUGUAACCAAGCCGAUCAGUGUUGUGGAACCAAAGUUCAUAUUGCAACAUGUCACAGCCAAGACCAAAACCUUGGGAAACGGCGUCGACGGCGACGACCUCUGUGUCACCAACUGGCUCAACGCCACUAUCAACAACAACAACAACGUCAACAUCUACAACAAACCCAUCCGCAAAUACCGCAGACGCAACAGCAUUACGAAUUCAUCAAACAUAACGAACGGGCUCUCGGGCUAUGGCUCAAGUUCUUAUGGCAUGAAUGGCAUGGGGUCAUCCAUGUAUGGAGGCUACGGCAGCUACGGAAGUGGCUACGGCUCUGGGUAUGGAGGUUACGGAAGCUAUGGUGGUAUGGGAGGAAUGGGAGGACUAGGAGGAAUGAGCAGCUAUGGCGGUAUGAGUGGAUUAGGAGGGUACGGCGGCUAUGGUGGGCUCGGUGGUAUGGGCGGCAGAUACAGACAAAUGGGAUACGGGGGAGUGGCUGGGGAGGAAAACUCUAGCGGGUCACUGAACGGGGUAGCUGAUGCAACUGCCCGAACGUUUCAAGUUCUUGAAAACGUCGUCUAUGCAGUGGGUGCUGUUGCAGCCCUACUUGAAAGCACAUACUACGCAACACAUAAUAGCUUUUUCACCAUUCUUGGCGUUGCUGACCAAUUAGGUCAUCUAGGAAGUGUUGGUGGGAUGAUAAAGGAUACCUUUGGUGGGGUGACUGAUUCUGUUAAACAAAUAGGGAAUGGUGCCAGCGGCUCGAAUAAUGGGCCGCUUGGACUUUAUGCUGUUUUAGCAUGGCUGAAGAGAAUCCUAAAAAAAUUAUUAGGUUUCUCAACAGCAAGCCCAACAGACUCCUCAGUAAGUGGUUCGCAUGCCUUACUACAAGAGUUCAGCAAUUGGAAAAAUGGACUGAUAUCGAACAAUCCUAGCUUGAAGUCAAAGAACAGCAAGUUGAGUUUAAAACCGCUCUUGGUUUUUCUUCUUGCCUUAGUUGGACUACCGGUUUUGAUGUCCAAGUUUGUCAGAUAUAUUGAAAGAGAACAGCAGAGGAGAGUUCAAGGCCCGGACGCUAGCAUAAGUGCAGGGUUAAAAGCAGAUAACACUACGGCAACUAAUGCCGAUCAGUCAGGCCACGGUAGGUCGAAUAAAAUUGAUCCACGCUCCCUGGAGUUUGCGAGGGCGGUGUAUGAUUUCAUACCUGAAAGGGAAGAAGAGCAACCAAAUGGUUGGAAGGAGCUCAAGCUUGGACGUGGAGACCUAGUGGCCAUCCUGUCCAAUCUCGAUGGGUGGAGCCAUUGCCGAGCAAGAGACGGCCGCGUUGGAUACGUACCUACUCAUUACCUUGAAGUAAUCAAGCGUGCGGAAAAGACGGUGGCAAUUGCAGAUAGUCCUGCAAAGGAAGAAUCCUCCAAGCAAACAACAGUUGGGAAAUCCAUCUAA